AUGGCCUCGCUGGACCUACCCUACCGAUGUCCGCGGUGCGGGGAGCACAAGCGCUUCCGCAGCCUCUCCUCGCUGCGGGCGCACCUGGAGUACAACCACACCUACGAGACCCUCUAUGUCCUCUCCAAGACCAACAGCAUCUGCGAUGCUGCCGUCUUCCCGUUGGCCACCGACGGGGCCCUGCUGACACCGGCUGCCCGGCGGGACUACUUUGAGAGCACCUCUUUCCAAGGCAAGGACCAACGUUUCUCCUGUGACCUCGUCCCCGCUGAGGAGCUGGAGCCGGCGCCUUCCUCCUCCCCCUCACCCCGCUAUGUCCAUGAGAUCGAGAUCCCUCUGACGGAGAUCUUCACCCGGGGCAAAGCUGUGGCGCCCGCCCCCGCACCACCGGCCACUAUGGACGCUGCCUACGAGGAAGGCUUGGCCCGCCUGAAGAUCCGCGCCUUUGAGAAGCUGGAGGUGGACAAGAGGCUGGAGAAGUUGACGGAGGAGGUGGAGCAGAAGAUAGCCUCGCAGGUGGGACGGCUGCAGGUGGAGCUGGACCGCAAGAGCUCGGAGCUGGAGAAAGCCAAGCAGGAGAGCCUGCGGCUCAGCCGGGAGAAGCAGGAGCUGGAGGACCGGGCAUCUGAACUGUCCCGCCAGGUGGAUGUCAGCGUGGAGAUGUUGGCGUCCCUCAAGCAGGACCUGGUGCAGAAGGAGCAGGAGCUCACCCGCAAGCAACAGGAGGUUCUGCAGAUUGACCAGUUCCUGAAGGAGACGGCCGCCCGCGAAGCCAACGCCAAGGUUCGCCUCCAACAUUUCAUCGAGGAGCUGCUGGACCGGGCAGAUCGGGCUGAGAAGCAGCUUCAGAUCAUCAGCAGCAGCUGCGGCACCACCCCAAACGGCAGCCUGGGACGCUGCGGCACGCCGGGGGCCAAGGCCACCGGCCGACCGGUACCUCCACGGGCACAGGCACGAGCAUCCCAUGUGGCUUUGGGCACACACCCAUGUGGCUUCUCUGAUGGCUGCAAAGGGUUGAGCGGGGAGGUUGCCUCGAGCCGGGUGAAAGCCGUGUCACAGAGCUCGGGUUGCUACGACAGUGACAGCGCAGAGCCAUGUCCCACCGAUGACACUGCCGACGGGCAUCCCUACCCAGCACGGGACGGCUCCCGCGCUAGGACUGAGGGGGCUGGGGGCAAGGCGGGUCGGCUGGAGAGGGGCAGCCCAGGCCACUCCAGCGAGGUGAUCAGCCCCGAGAUCCUCAAGAUGCGGGCGGCUCUCUUCUGCAUCUUCACUUACCUGGACACCAAGACCCUGCUGCGGGCGGCCGAGGUGUGCAAGGAUUGGAAAUUCGUGGCCCGGCACCCGGCCGUGUGGACGCGGGUGCUGCUGGAGAACGCCCGGGUGUCCUCAAAGUUCCUGGCCAUGCUGUCCCAGUGGUGCACCCAGAUGCACUCCCUCACCCUCCAAAACCUCAAGCCACGCCAGCGGGGGAAGAAGGAGAGCAAGGAGGACUACAUGAAGAGCACACGGGGCUGCCUGGAAGCUGGGCUGGAAUCUCUGCUGAAGGCAACGGGCAGCAACCUCCUCAUCCUCCGCAUCUCGCACUGCCCCAAUGUGCUGACGGACCGCUCGCUCUGGCUGGCCAGCUGCUACUGCCGGGCCCUGCAGGCUGUCACGUACCGGAGCUCUACAGACCCCGUGGGUCAUGAAGUCAUCUGGGCCCUUGGAGCAGGUUGCAGGGACAUCAUCUCCCUCCAGGUUGCACCUCUGCAUCCGUGCCAGCAGCCAACACGUUUCAGCAACCGCUGCCUUCAGAUGAUCGGACGGUGCUGGCCACACCUGCGGGCGCUGGGCGUUGGAGGGGCUGGCUGUGGCGUCCAAGGACUGGCGUCCUUAGCCCGAAACUGCAUGCGGCUUCAGGUCCUGGAGCUGGACCAUGUGGCAGAGAUCAACCAGGAGGUUGCAGCGGAGGUGUGUCGAGAGGGGCUGAAGGGGCUGGAGAUGCUAGUGCUGACCUCCACGCCCGUCACUCCCAAAGCCCUGCUGCACUUCAACAGUGUGUGCCGGAACCUGAAGUCCAUCGUCGUGCAGGUGGGCAUCGUGGACUACUUCAAGGAGCCCCAUAGCCCUGAAGCCAAGAAGAUGUUUGAAGAAAUGGUGAACAAGCUCCAGGCCCUGAGGAAGCGACCUGGCUUCUCCAAGAUUUUACACAUCAAGGUGGAAGGAGGCUGUUAG